AACAAGUUACUUCAGAGGAAUAGGGGAAAUAAGAUCACUGGGUGUGUUGUACAGACUUUGCUCAUUUUAUUUAGUGGGAAAAGGGGCUGUUGUGGAAUUUGAGCUGGCAUUCAAGGUUCAUCCAACGCAGAGGUCAAAAUGAAGAGUCUGGUUGGGUAUUGUGUGCUUAUUUUGGCAUUUCUUUUGAGCUGCACAGAACAGACUAAGAAACACCCGAACGUACUUUCUUCUCAAGGAACAGACUGCACACAGAUAAAGGCUCUCAUGCCACAAGCAUCCAGUGGUGUUUAUGUAAUCCAGCCUCACGGAGUCAACACCCCAUUUAAGGUGUACUGUGAGAUGCGGCCAGAUGGAGGCUGGACGGUGUUUCAGAGGCGUAGUGGCGGAGCAGUUUCCUUCAAUAGGAAAUGGGCCGCAUAUAAAAAGGGUUUUGGAAGCUUGACACAGGACCACUGGCUCGGUCUGAAGAAGCUUUUCUCUCUGACCAAGAACAAGACCAAGAAGUGGACCAUGAGGGUCAACCUGUGGGACCACGAAGGUGACACCGCUUUCGCCGAGUACAGACACUUCAGAUUGGGCAAUGAAGAAGAAGCUUUUAAACUCCAUGUUGGGAAAUACCAAGGAAAUGCAGGUGAUGCCAUCCGUGGUGCCUAUUCGGGCAUCGACCAGAAUGGCUACGGCUUCAGCACCACCGACCGCGACAAUGACGGCUGCUCCCCGUGCAUCUUUGGUGACAUCGCUGAAAUGGAAUGUACCAAUUCAGACGGUGGCAGUUGGUGGUACAGCCGCUGUGGCUCUGCCAGUCUGAACGGCGACUGGCAUCCUGCAGGUGACCACAUCGGUUGGGCGUCAGGCCUCCACUGGCAUACCUGGAAGAAUCCUGCGCCUUACUCCUUGAAGGCCACCAGAAUGAUGAUCAAGUCUGUGUGAGAGGAGCCACAUUACUAGCUUUUGUUGUAGCACAGCAUUACAUUUUAGCCAUUUCAAAAAUGACUCUUUAAUAUGCAAAUCAAUUUGUUUUUUGUUUUAGAUACUGGUGGUACUAACACUUCCAGGGUGUUUCUGCCUUAGAUUGAUUCUUCUUUAUAGUCUCCUAAUUUCUUUAUGCCAGGAAGACAUGUUAAAUGGUCUAUGAGGUCACCAUUGAGGUGUCCCUUAAAUAACAA